UAGAGUACACCUCCAGAAAAGUCUAGAUUUAGAGAAAUAAAUUUCCGUAAAUUUCAUCAUUUCUUUUCGGUUUAAAUAGACUCAGCAGUAGUGACAGUCAUCAGUUCGUAUGUGUGAAUGAUGAUAUAAGUAGGAACUAGCAGAGAAACCCGUUUAUAUCUGGCUGAUACUCGUAUACAUGUAUAAAAAUUAUCUGUUUACACUCGCACAGAACUGUCAUCUUUCUUCGAUGGGAAAAAACAUAGACUUCGACAAAUAUUUGCGGAAGGUGUUUGUUGAGGAGAGAAAAAGAGAUGAUAAGUUCAUGACAGAUAAUGACAUUGAGGAGAUUUUGGAUGAAAGUUGUGGUACAAAAGAUGAUAUUCGCAGAGGGAUUGUGGGAUACCCAAGUCAUCCACUGUAUAAACAGAUAGCAGCAAUGUUACAAAGCUGGAUGGAGUCAGGGCAUUGUCCAAUUCUAGAUCUUCCAAAAUAUGAUCUACUUGAUGAACAAGUUUAUGUUGAAUCCAGAGCAGCAGUUAUUUCAUCAAUCUCUCCGAUGUUGGAAGGACUUCAGACUCUUCAUUCCCUAUGGGUGGAGGAAGAAAUAGUGUUCCGAAUCAGGGAAAUACUAGUGCUUCUAGGAAAGAGAGGUAUCCUAGAUUUGCUAGGCGUCAGGAAGACUGUUGGAACAAAAGAUCUUUGGCCACCUGCCAGGAGUAAACUGUAUGCCAGCUUCACAGAACUUCAUUCACAGAAAGCAGAGCUCUAUGUUGGUGCACGAGCUUUAGCUAAACAUCAUCACAGGGACCAGUCAGACUCGUGGUGGGGUAACUGUACAGGAACGGAGAAACAGAAGAAUGAGCAUGCUCUGAAGCUUGUAAACAAGAUUUUAGACAAUGCCACUUGGAUCAAUAUACACUGGUUACCACAAGAUAUCUAUGUGAUAGAGGCUCGUGGACCAGAAGGAUAUGGUGCAAGAUGGACAGCUGAUGGGAAGCAGUUCAGAGGAUUUCUCGAGCCACAGAUGGUAGAUGGACACGAGGUUGGCUGGAGACAUUGACGAUAGAUGGACACAAGGUUGGAGACAUUAAUGCAGGCUGUACCAUAUCAUCUCUAUGAUGAUCUAUGAUACAUGAUCCAUGAUGACUGUGAUACACAUGGAGUUUUAUAUUGUGCUGGAGCACAGUCAGUCACUAGACAUCGUACCAGUAUCUCACGUUGAGUAUUUCAUGAACAGCAAGAAUAUUGCAUCGUAAUUCUGCAAAACACCUAGAAGACUGCAAUAAUAUGAACAAAGACAGGAAGUCGGGAGAUGAAGAGUUUGGAAUUACAGAAUAGCUUCAUUGAUUUUCAUAAGCUAUUUGGAAUGAAUUACAGAUUGGCAUCAGUGACUGCAUAAAAUAUUUGGAAUUAAUUACAGGUAAGCUACAGUGACUGCUUAAGAUAUUUGGAAUGAUGUAAUCUUUUAAUAACUUCACUGUGGUUCAGAUAUAAGUUGUCAAAGUUGUAUUUCUUGUUGUAUGGAAGUUAUGUAAAAGGUUGAAUUUAGAAUCUCAGCGUUGUCUUGAUAUUUGGUGUUUAUUGAUUAGAAUGUCAGUUUCAUAACAGCAUGUUUCUCUGUUUUGAUGAGGAACCAUUAAUUAUUUUAUGAAUUUUGAUUGAAUACAUGCAGCAGUAAACUAACUUUAUCAGUUUUGUUAGAGGUGCACAACUUGGUACAUGUUUACAUAUUUAUUUUUUGUAAAAAUGAUGUUCUGUCCAAGUUUGUUAUAACUUGUAUUUUGUGAAAAUGGACUUUUGUGUUAACAUAUUGCUAACUUAUUGGUAUUCAUUCGUUUCAAAGUAUCCAGAAACAACAUACUGCAAGGAGUAAAAAUGAGAUACUUCUGAAAUAAUAACAAAAUAAAUCAAUAUUCAACAUGGAUUUUCAUAGUGUUCAAAGUCAGUUCUCAUUUUUGCAAUGUCACAUAUACAUUGUUAAUGUGGCAGAAAUAAGGAGAAUAGUGCAAAUGUUCAUACAUGCAUUUCUAGUAUGGCAUAUUUUUAGCUCACCUGUCACGAAGUGACAAGGUGAGCUAUUGUGACCGCUUGAUGUCCAUCGUCCGUCAACAAUUUGUAAAAAAAUCUUCUUCUUGAAAACCACUGGGCAGAAUUACACCAAACUUCACAGGAAUGAUCCUUGGGUGGUCCCCUUUCAAAUUAUUCAAAGAAUUGAAUUCCAUGCAGAACUCUGGUUGCCACGGCAACCAAAAAGAAAAACUUUAAAAAUCUUCUUCUCAAAAACCAGAAGCCCUAGAGCUUAGAUAUUUGGUGUGAAGCAUUGCCUAGUGGACCUCUACCAAAUUUGUUCAGAUCAUGACCCCGGGGUCAAAAUUGACCCCCCCCCCCCAGGGGUCACUUGAUUUUACAUAGGAAAAUGUUAAAAAAUCUUCUUCUCAAAAGCCAGAAGCCCUAGAGCUUAGAUAUUUGACGUGUAGCAUUGCCUAGUGGACCUCUACUAAAUUUGUUCAAAUCAUGACCUCCGGGUCAAAAUUGACCCCGCCCCAGGGGUCACUUGAUUUUACAUAUGAAAAUCUUCAAAAAAUUUCUAAAAAUAAACCAGAAGGCCUAGAGCUUAGAUAUUUGACAUGUAGCAUUGCCUAGUGGACCUCUACAAAAUUUGUUAAAAUCAUGACCCCCGGGGUCAAAAUUGACCCCACCCCAGGGGUCACUUGAUUUUACAUAGGAAAAUCUUAAAAAAUCUUCUCAAAAACCAGAAGCCCUAGAGCUUAGAUAUAUGGUGUGAAGCAUUGCCUAGUGGACCUUUACCAAGUUUGUUCAAAUCAUGACCCCGGGGUCAAAAUUAACCCCCCCCCCCCUUCCACCAGGCUUGAUUGUACAUAGGAAAAUCUUAAAAAAUCUUCUUCUCAAAAAGCAUAAGCCCUGGAGCUUAGAUAUUUGACAUGUAGCAUUGCCUAGUGGACCUCUACUAAAAUUGUUCAAAUCAUGACCCUGUGAUCAAAAUUGACCCUGCCCUAGGGGUCACUUGAUUUUACAUUUGAAAAUCUUCAAAAAAAUUCUAAAAAUAAACCAGAAGGCCUAGAGCUUAGAUAUUUCACAUGUAGCAUUGCCUAGUGGACCACUACAAAAUUUGUUUAAAUCAUGACCCUCGGGGUCAAAAUUGGCCCCGCCGCCGGGCUUACUUGAUUUUACAUAGGAUAAUCUUAAAAAAUCUUCUCCAAAACUAGAAGCCGUAUAGCUUAGAUAUUUGACAUGUAGCAUUGCCUAGUGGACCUCUACUAAAGUUGUUCAAAUCAUGACCCCGGGGUCAAAAUUGACCCCGCCCCAGGGGUCACUUGAUUGUACAUAGGAAAAUCUUAAAAAAUCUUCUUCUCAAAAAGCAUUAGCCCUGGAGCUUAGAUAUUUGACAUGUAGCAUUGCCUAGUGGACCUCUACUAAAGUUGUUCAAAUCAUGACCCCGGGAUCAAAAUUGACCCUGCCCUAGGAGUCACUUGAUUUUACAUUUGAAAAUCUUCAAAAAAAUUCUAAAAAUAAACCAGAAGGCCUAGAGCUUAGAUAUUUCACAUGUAGCAUUGCCUAGUGGACCACUACAAAAUUUGUUUAAAUCAUGACCCUCGGGGUCAAAAUUGGCCCCGCCGCCGGGCUCACUUGAUUUUACAUAGGAUAAUCUUAAAAAAUCUUCUUCCCUAAACUAGAGGCCCUAGAGCUUAGAUAUUUGACAUGUAGCAUUGCCUAGUGGACCUCUACUAAAGUUGUUCAAAUCAUGACCCUGGGUUCAAAAUUGACCCCGCCCUAGGGGUCACUUGAUUUUACAUAUGAAAAUCUUCAAAAAAUUUCUAAAAAUAAACCAGAAGGCCUAGAGCUUAGAUAUUUCACAUGUAGCAUGGCCUUGUGGACCUCUACAACAUUUAUUCAAAUCAUGACCCCCGGUUUCAAAAUUGACCCCACCCCAGGAGUCACUUGAUUUUACAUAUGAAAAUCUUCAAAAAUUUUCAAAAAAUAAACCAGAAGGCCUAGAUCUUAGAUAUUUGACAUGUAGCAUUGCCUAGUAGACUUCUACAAAAUUUGUUCAAAUCAUGACCCCCGGGGUCAGAUUGGCUCCGCCCCAUGGGGUUACUUGAUUGUACAUAGAAAAAUCUUCAAAAUUUUCUAAAAAAAAACCCCCAGAAGGCCUAGAGCUUAGAUAUUUGACAUGUAGCAUUGCCUAGUGGACCUCUACAAAAUUUGUUCAAAUCUUGAUCCAUGCUGUUCGCUUUUCAAUUUUGAUGAAACUUCACAGGGUUGUUCCUUGGAUGGUCUUCUUUAAAAAUUGUUCAAAGAAUUGAAUUCCAUACAGAAUUCUGGUUGCCAUGGCAACCAAAAGUAAAAACUUUAAAAAUCUUCUUCUCAAAAACCAGAAGCCCUAGAGCUUAGAUAUUUGGUGUGAAGCAUUGCCUAGUGGACCUCUACCAAGUUUGUUCAAACCAUGACCCCAGGGUCAAAAUUGACCCCGCCCCGGGGGUCACUUGAUUUUACAUAGGAAAAUCUUAAAAAAUCUUCUUCUCAAAAACCAGAAGCCCUAGAGCUUAGAUAUUUAACUUGUAGCAUUGCCUAGUGGACCUCUACUAAAAUUGUUCAAAUCAUGACCCCGGGGUCAAAAUUGACCUCGCCCCAGGGGUCACUUGAUUUUACAUAGGAAAAUCUUCAAAAAAUUUCUAAAAAUAAACCAGAAGGCUUAGAACUAAGAUAUUUGACAUGUAGCAUUGCCUAGUGGACCUCUACAAAAUUUGUUCAUAUCAUGACCCCCGGGUCAAGGUACCCCACCCCAGGGGUCACUUGAUUUUACAUAGGAAGAUCUUCAAAAAUUUUCUAAAAAUAAACCAGAAGGCCUAGGUCUUAGAUAUUUGACAUGUAGCAUUGCCUAGUAGACUUCUACAAAAUUUAUUCAAAUCAUGACCCCUGGGAUCAAAUUGACCCCGCCCCAUGGGAUUACUUGAUUGUACAUAAAAAAAUCUUCAAAAUAAACCAGAAGGCCUAGAGCUUAGAUAUUUCAUAUGUAGCAUUGCCUAGUGGACCUCUACAAAAUUUGUUCAAAUCAUGACCCCCGGGGUUAAAAUUGACCCCACCCCAGGGGUCACUUGAUUUUACAUAGGAAAAUCUUCAAAAAAUUUCUAAAAAUAAACCAGAAGGCUUAGAUCUUAGAUAUUUGACAUGUAGCAUUGCCUAGUAGACUUCUACAAAAUUUGUUCAAAUCAUUACCUCCGGGGUCAAAUUGACCCCACCCCAUGGGGUUAUUUGUUUAGCUUUAGCAAAGAAUUUUAUUCAAGAAAGCAAUUAAACUCAGGUGAGCGAUAUAGGGCCAUCAUGGCCCUCUUGUUUAAUCCCCCGCCGUGGCGAGGGAUUAUAGGAAUGGUCUGCUUCCGUCCGUAACAAAAUCGUGUCCGGUCCAUAUCUCCUAAACCCCUUGAAGGAUUUUCAUGAAACUUGGGUCAAAUGAUCACCUCAUCAAGACGAUGUGCAGAACCCAUGAGUCAGCCUUGUCGGUUCAAGGUCAAGGUCAAAGGUUUGAGCCUGCCAUUUUGUGUCCGCUCUAUAUCUCAUAAACCCCUUGAAGGAAUUUUAUCAAACUUGGGUCAAAUGAUCACCUCAUCAAGACGAUGUGCAGAACCCAUGAGUCAGCCAUGCCGGCUCAAGGUCAAGGUCACAACUUAGGCUCAAAGGUUUGAGCCUUCCAUUUCGUGUCCGCUCUAUAUCUCCUAAACCCCUUGAAGGAAUUUUAUAAAACUUGGGUAAAAUGAUUACCUCAUCAAAAUGAUGUGCAGAAAUUAUGAGUCAACCAUGCCAGCUCAAGGUCAAUGUCACAACUAAGGGUCGAAGGUUUGAGCCUUCCAUUUUGUGUCCACUCUGUAUCUCUAAACCCCUUGAAGGAUUUUCAUCAAACUUGGGUCAAAUGAUCACCUCAUCAAGAACUCAUGAGUCAGCCUUGUCAACUCAAGGUCAAGGUCACAACUGAAGGUCAAAGGUUUCAGCUCUGUAUCUCCUAAACCCCUUGAAGGAUUUUCAUGAAACUGGUCAAAUGAUCACCUCAUCAAGACGUUGUGCAGAAUUCAUGAGUCAGCCAUGUCAGUUCAAGGUCAAGGUCACAGCUAAAAUCAAAGGUUUACCCUUUCACUAUCUAUAGCAGUGGUGGGGGAUUUAUCUGUCUUUCAGACUGCCUUGUUCUGUUUGAAAUGAUACAGUUGAAGUUUUGUGGCAGUUUUCUUUAUUAUAUGUUUAGUGACCAGUUUAUGAGUUCCCAGAUUUGCUGAUAAAGUUUUUAAGACUUGAAAAAUGUCUUAAUUUUGCUAAUACCCUGAUUUAUAAUGUACAUUUAUGUGAAGUUUAUAAUAUGUAGUAUAUAUUUAUAUAGUCAUUGUUACUUUUUAUUGAAUAUAUUUUAAUAGUUUUUUUUAAAUAAAAUUAAUGAAAAGAUG